UGUUAAAAUAUUUUUGAAAAAUAAAGAACGUUAAAGAAAUUUUAAUUUAUAUAAAAAAUGGAUCGUGCGUUAUUGUGGGAAAGCGAUGAUAAUUCAAAUAUUAUGGAUAUUAAUGAAAAUGCAUUCGUGAAAAAAUUCCGACUUAAUAAAGUGUCAUUUAUGUACGUUUUCAAUUCGAUUAAAGAUGAUUUAAAGGCUGCACAAAGAUCUACAUUUAUUCCUUCAAUGUUAAAAUUGGCAGCCGCAUUAAAGUUUUUGCCACAAGGUGAAGUUUGCGAAGCUAUCCAAACAAAUCUUUGUACCAAGCAUAUUGUUUUCGAAAUGUGUGAAGAGAAAAAGAUGGAAGCCAAAAGAUUUCUUAAUACUAAAUGUUCCAUACCAGGUGUAAUUGGAACUGUUGAUGGAACUCAUAUUCAAAUUAUAAGGCCAAAUAAUAAUGAACAUUUGUAUUUCAACAGGAAACAGAAACAUAGUAUUAAUGCUAUGGCCAGAUUGUCCUUGUUGGAAAAAUUUAUAUUACGCCGAGAACGUGGAGUGACUGUAUUCUGGGCGUUUGAAAUGUCAGCUAAAUUUUCAGCUGGGUCAUUUGCUGUGGUAUCCAUAUCAAUAUCAUCUACUUGA